AUGUCAUCCGCUUGGUGUAUUCGACACGAUGCCUGCACCAUGUGUGGCCCAGUGCGAUAUCGAUCCGAGCGCAAGUUGAAGACUCAUUGGCAGGCAUUAUUCCGGAGCAUCGCCUUUGGGCCACUCCUAGUCCUUCUCUUAAUCAAACUGAUAUGGCAACCACCGAUUGGAGUUCUGAUGACCAAGAUGCUGCUCGCAACAGCUCGGCCAGCAGGCUCAGUUGACCUAGUGUUUUCAUACUACAACGAGCCCCUGAUGAUCGUCUAUGUCAAACAUCCUGAAGUCUCACUGGGCAAUAUCGCCAAUGUGAUCAAUGCGGAUGAGGUGAUUCGAUUGGACAAUGUAGGAAGGGAAGGAGGGACAUACUUGACACAUAUCCUCAAACAUUACAAUUUGGCGAUCCUAACGGAUCAACAAGGAAGGGUGAUCCAAAGUGGGAAGAGCAACCCAAAUAUCCUUGAACAAGCCGAAUUCGGAGUCGAAAGAGUCCUCAGCUUGCCGGCUAUUCAUGGGUUAGCUGAUCAUACGGUCUUCAUGCAACCCAAAAUUUCUUGGCAUUGGAUUGCUAAACCUCAGAUGGAUCUCUUCGAUCCUAAAUUCAACUGUUUCCUAGACUUGGCAAGCUCUAUCCUGAGGGUAAUUUCCUUCUGGCUCGUGGGCCAGGAUGUACAAUCUCGUGACCAGGAGGAUUCACUCCUGGCCAGCGAGGUUGUACAACCUCGCCGGCCAGGAUUCCCUCCUGGUCGACGAGGUUGUACGACCUUGCCGGCCAGGAGGAUUCCCUCCUGGCCGGCAAGGUGGGCCUUGUCGACCUUGUAG